AUGAAGCUCUAUCCCGCCGCCAUCGCCCUUUUCGCCGCCUACGUUCGCGCUGCCGCCGACGACGACAGCGACAGCGACAGCGUCCGUCCCCAGUCCCGGACCUCCGCCUCCACGGCCCGCAACAACGGCCAGUUCGCCGUGCCCCCCAGCACCACCAUAACCCUCACCCGCGACGGCACCGUCUACACCAGCUACGCCUGGUGGCUGCCCGAGGCCAGCGACGCCUACGGCAGCGACAAGCCGCUGGACUACGCCACGACCACGGACAGUCGCGGCAGAACCACCACGUCCCCCGUCUGGUGGCGCGCCGGCACCGAGUCCGCCAAGCCCUCUAGGUCAGCCUCCGCGAGCGUCGCCUCCGACGCCGAGUCCUCGACAGGCGCUUCGCGCUCGCGCCGCCAGACCACCUCGCUCGCCGGCAGCUCCGCCGCCUCCUCCGGCUCCGCCUCCGCGCGCAGCGCCAGCUCCUCCGCCAGCUCUGCCAGCUCCGCCUCCGCGCGCAGCGCCAGUUCCUCGAGCCUCUCCGACAUCUCGACCACUACAAACGGCUCUCCGAGCCCGCUGCGCGCGCUGCGCGCGCUGCCCGCCGGCUCCGCACACUACUCCGCCGGCACCCUGGCCAGCGCCAUCUGCGUCAUCGCAGCAGCUGCGCUGCUGUGA